AGGCGGAGCGCGGAAAGUUCGCUGCGCGGCCCGCAGCGAUGCCGGUGGGGCGCCGAGCGCUGGGGCUGGGCGGGUUCGGCGGGCCGUAGGGCGGCGCGGGGCGCAGCGAGCCCCCGGCCCGUCCUCUCGGCGGGCGGGCGGGAGGAGGCAGCCCGGGCGGGGACGGCGACGGGGCCGGAGCGCCCGGAGGGGGAGCGGCACCUCGGAACCGGCCGCCGCCGCCGGGCGCGCUCGGGGGAAAGAUGAGCUUGUUGUCAGCCAUCGACACCAGCGCUGCGUCCGUCUACCAGCCCGCCCAGCUCCUCAACUGGGUCUAUCUCUCGCUGCAAGACACGCACCAGGCCAGCGCCUUUGAUGCCUUCCGCCCCGAGCCCUCCUCCUCGCAGCACCCCGACCUCGGCUACACCAAGAGCCCACCGGAGCUGGGCUCCUCGCUCAGCUCCAGCUAUCUCAACAGCUUCUUCCAGCUCCAGCGCAGCGAGGCUCUGAGCAGCAGUCUGUAUAAGAGUGCAUCUCCUUAUGGCUCCCUUAACAACAUAGUGGAUGGGUUAAGCUCCCUCACUGAGCAUUUUUCUGACCUAUCCCUUUCUUCAGAAGCCAGAAAACCCAGCAAGAGGCCACCUCCUAACUACCUGUGCCACCUCUGCUUUAACAAGGGACACUACAUCAAAGACUGCCCACAGGCUCGCCCCAAAGGAGAAGGCUUGACUCCAUACCAGGGCAAAAAACGCUGCUUCGGUGAAUAUAAGUGCCCCAAAUGCAAGAGAAAAUGGAUGAGUGGAAACUCCUGGGCUAACAUGGGACAAGAAUGUAUCAAGUGCCACAUUAAUGUUUAUCCUCACAAACAGAGACCCCUGGAAAAGCCCGAUGGCCUGGAUGUUUCAGACCAGAGCAAAGAACAUCCCCAGCACCUGUGUGAGAAGUGCAAAGUUUUGGGCUACUACUGCCGCCGUGUGCAAUAAACCUUCCAAGUGGCCUCUUCCCGUCCCCAUCAUCCUGAAAGAUCCUCUGGCAGCACGCGAUCAACAGCAACACAACAAAUCAAGAUAAAAGCUAAAAUAAUUGCCAAUAUUGCCUAUCUAUAACCUAAUAGUAUGCCUUACCAUUAACAGAAUGUAACAUUUCUCCUGUGUAUGCACACACAUGCAACAGGUAUUUACAGGACUAUGGUGAAUUCGUAUACAUACAUAUAUAUGUAAACUUACAUAUAUAUAUGUACACACAUAUAUAAGCAUUACUGAUAGUGUUCACAACAGAACCACAGCUGCGGGUUCUGCUGAUUGUUUACACAGACCCUAUAUCAUGGCCAGGUGAAAUGAAGUACUAUUCAUGAGGCAAGAUGUAACAUUGACAAGGAAUAUGUGAUAAAUGGGUUUUGCAGAGGUUAAAUAACUGUGGGGCCACUAAUUGCAAGCACUCACCCACAACAUGAACAUUAUUCCUAUUAUAUGACAAGACAAAGGAAGAUUAAACAAGCCACAACAUAAAAGAAGGAAAAUCAUUGUUUUCCGAGUUUUAGAAAGUCUGAGAGUUUUGUGCUGCUGCUUUCUUGGACUUUUCUAUUUGUUAGUGUCAUUUGGGCAGGGCUUAGGCAAAAUUUUUUUUGCAGGAUGUGGCCAAAAAAAGUGAAUAAUUGUUUGAGGGUGUGGUUUGUGUAGAAAGGGAAUGCCAUAACAGGACCCAGAGCAUCAGGAAGGAUUCCAAGAGGUUUUUGGAGCAGAUGAAAUUGGCUUGCUUGUGUGACUAACAGAUCCUUCUCUUGUCAUAUAAUUCUGCUACAAUGGUCCCUGUAUGCAUAUAGGCUAUUCAUUGGGCUGAAAGCACACUAAAUUUACUGUGAAUAAUGGGGGAUAAGAAUGCUUACAAUUGUCCCCCAAACCCUUAAUUAAAUGAUAAGCCAAACUUACUAUUUAUAGUAGUUUUAAAGCCACUUUUUGGAAGUAUUUUUAUGUCCUGUUUUCUACUGUACAAAUUGUUAUAAUAUAAAAGCUUUUUAGCCAUAAGGGUGUUAUGAGGCACGAAGAGCACUCUAUAUAACCUUCCCACUUCUGUCUUCCUGAUACACCUAUGUACCUUAGGAGAAAUGUAGGAGUUAUAUUUGGUUGUCCCAUUUCAGGUAGAACUUUGGGCAGGGGCAUCCAGUUGCAAAGAAGUAUCUCAUCAGGGAUUGGAAAAUACCAUGAAAUGAAAGUACCUCGAGACAGUAUCCUGUUUGUAUGUCUAUAUAAGUACAUUGACACAAGGACACAACAAGCAAUUCAGUUGCAUAACUUACUAAGAAAAAUUACAGGGAUAAUGGUUUGUGUUUUUUUUUUUUUAAUCAAAAAUUUGUUAAAUUUCCUUUAGAGAGAUUGAUUGGUGUGAAUGAUACCUAGCAGCAAUAUUUUAAAUCCUAAAUAACUUGAUGUGAAUAAAAUCUGUUUUGAGGAUUAACUCCAUAAUGCUAAUACAGAGGGGUUUUUAUGCCAAGCAAUACCAAGAUGUAACUAAGUAUGUACAGUCAAGCUCUUGUAAAGCAAAUUGAAUACUUAUUGAGCAUUCUUAUAGGAAAUGUGAAGCUCUUCACAAAUUUGCCCUGAGGUGAAAUUUUCACUAUUUCCCUGCUUUGCUAUAAACAGGGCAAAAUUGUUUCCGCUGAUUCUGGUGGUAGGGUUAUCUAUAUAUCUUGCAAACUUCUUUAUUUAUGUGUAAGCCCAGGUCAGCCUACUGGUCAACGGAAAAACAUCGGGAUUUGUUGCUUCUGACCAUGAUUCAUCCAGUAGCUCACUAAUUUGGGGCAAGUCACAAGAUCCUUCUGGACCUCAGUUUCCCCAGCUGCAAAAAUGGGGAUAAUACAUUAGUAUACCUACCUCACAGCAGUGCUGUGAGGCUCACUUAAUAUCUACUAGAGCUUUGACAUCACUGCAUGAGAAAUAUGAUAUAACGCUGAAAUAUUAACUAAAAUUAAUCACUCAAACUAAUUUUGCCCAGUGACAAUUCUAUCAACUAAAAUAGCUGAAGAAUAAUAUUGAAAGUUAACACUAAUAACAGAUUUCAUUUGCAUCAGUCAAGAUAUGCAGUUUUAGCAUUUUCAAAAAAAUGCGUUGUUUUGCACAGACUCAAAAAUUACUUUAGAGAAAAUCUCUGAGCAAUGAUACUAACUUGUCCAUAAAAAAAUUAAGAAAAUACACAGGUGAAUUUAGGGGUGUAUUUUCAAAGUUUGACCUCUAGCAUUGCUCUUGAUAUUUUGUUUAAAGCAUGCCUGGUGUUGAAAGAACAAUAUAUGAAACCAGAUCUGUUUUUUCCUUUUGAGCACUUAAUAGUACAUGAACAAAAUACUCCUUGAUGCUUCACAUCCAGCUAAAGGACAAGUAGAGAAACUCCAUCGCAUCAAAAUAAGAGAAAAUUAUUGUCCAACCUGAAACUCAGAUGUUGCUACCAAGCAUUUUGCUUUUAAGUGCUUCCUGUCUUAUGGUAACCACUAAAUUGGUAAAACAGCACAUCCCUCAGCACAGCUACAUUGAUAUACAGCAUAUCACCAGAUUCUGAAAAAAGGCUAACUACAAAAUACGAUUAUAUGCAAUCAUCACAACUUUUAUGACAGAGCCCGCCUAUAAAUUGUUUAUCCAGAUUCAACACUGCAUGGUGGUGCUUUUAGCUUAUGGACUUUUAGGUUUUAUUUUAAAAUAAGGUUCCUAAAAAUACACAUGAUCAACUUCAAUAUAAUUAAUACCUAUUAAUACCUAUUGCUGUAGAAUAGUAAUUAUUCAAAGUGUAGUUAAAAGUUCAAUAUUUAUAUCAUGAUAUUUUAUAUCAUGAUAUUCUGGGCAGGAGACACAAAGUGUUGAAGUAAUAUCAAGUAAAUCUAAAAUAACAA